AUGGCCGACAUGCAGCGCCAGCAGCAACAUUAUCCAAACCACGCGCAACCUCAUCCUCACCACCAACAAGCAUCGCAACAGACUACAGGCCAGAUCGCGUCGCCGCCAGCUCUAUCCACCAACCGCGCACAAGCUUCAGCAUCGACGGCAUCGGCGAGCAGUGCCAUGUCCGGCCUCGAAACACAGACGCCGAAGAAGAGCGACUUCAACAUCCUCCCCCCGACUCCUUCAUCGUCGCAACAACAACAGCACUCCAUGUCUACCCUCCCGAACACCCUGCUGCCGGGCGCAAACUCGUCCUCGCGACCUGCGACUAGUGCGACAACCUAUUCGGCUCCGCAGACGGUCCCCACCAUGCCUCCUCCUAUCAAUACCAACCAGCAGCAAUACACCCCGCGCCCACCCACUCUCAAUCCUCAACAUAGCCAUUCGCGCUCGAGUCCUGCCGGUCUGGACCAAAAGUACAUUGCUUUCUCCACUACCCCAACCAAGGGCUACAACUCCGUCACUCCCUCCUCAAGCCAUUCUCCCCUGGGUCUGGCUGAUAUCCGGCCUCGUACCAAUUCAGAUUUGCUAAAUCGCCAUGGCAUGCAAUCUGGCCCUGCCUACGAUUAUGGUCCUAGUCAGACAAAUUCCAGCUACAUCGCUCCCUGGGCCGCUUACUCAUUCGAUUGGUGCAAGUGGCCGGUGCCCAAUGGCAACAGCUGCGGAAAGAUGGCUAUCGGUAGCUACCUCGAGGAUCCUCAUAACUUUAUCCAAAUCGUCGAUACGCAGAUCGCGCCCCAGGACCAGUCGACCAUGGGCGGUCCUGCAUACGGCCUCGACUUCGUCAAGGUCGCAGAAGCCACUUGUGCCUAUCCUGUCACGCGCAUCUCCUGGGAGCCGCCAUCGUCGUCCAAGCAGUCUACUGACCUUCUUGCUACUUCGGGCGACCACUUGCGCCUAUGGUCCCUCCCAUCUUCCUCACAACCCGCUAUCCCGUCGAACAACAUCAAUCGAUCAGCCUCGGUCAACACUCGCGAGCAGCCCACUCAAAAACUCCAGCCUCUGGCGCUACUCUCAAACUCAAAAUCUCCCGAACACACUGCUCCGUUGACAUCGCUUGAUUGGAACACCCUGUCACCGAAACUCAUAAUCACAUCAAGCAUUGACACGACCUGCACCAUUUGGGAUAUCCCUACACUUACCGCGAAAACGCAGCUGAUCGCACACGAUAAAGAGGUCUUCGACGUGCGAUUCUGCGCCGGCAGCGUUGACGUCUUUGUCAGUUGUGGUGCUGAUGGCAGUGUACGCAUGUUUGAUUUGCGAAGUCUGGAGCACAGCACCAUCAUUUACGAGCCGUCGGAAAAGUCAGACAAAGACAAAGCGGCAUUGCCGGCGUCUCCAACGAAAUCAUCGGCUGCAAACUUGCCAGCAUCUCCUCCACUCCUUCGUCUUGCCGCUUCACCACAUGACGCUCAUCUUUUGGCGACUUUUGCUGCGGAUUCUAACAUUGUACGCAUCCUUGAUGCCAGACAACCUGGCACUGCCCUUCUCGAGCUCCGUGGGCAUUCAGCUGCACUCAACUCAAUAGAAUGGAACCCUAGCCGACGAGGCAUGCUUGCCAGUGGUGGCGAUGAUAGCCAAGUCCUUGUUUGGGAUCUGCUCAACUCGGGCAACGGAGCCAGUGUCAACGGAGGGGUCCAAGGCGAAGCGCAAACCAAGGGACCUUCGGCAAGCUGGAGAAGUGAUUACGAGGUUAACAACGUUUCUUGGGCACCGCAAAGCGCUCUGACCGGACAAGGUGGCGAUUGGCUUGGUGUCUGCGCCGGCAGAGGAGUUUGGGGAGUCAAAUUGUGA